CCGCACAGCGUCCCGAGCGGCGGUCCCGCCGCAUCCUGGGAUGAGCAUCCACCGCAGAAAGCGGAGCGGGCGCACAUCCGCCGGGAUUUAUGGGCAGGGCAGGGCCGGCUCAGGUGUGACGGGCGGGGCCUGCACAGGGUUCUGAAGCUGGCACGUUGAAGAAAGCCAUGAAGCCAAGAACACUUAGCUUUCAAAACUGUCGUGAAAACAGCAAUACUAGAAAACAAGACUUCAAUGCACCAGAGCAAAGAAAAAGCUGUAGUUCUGAAAAUCACACAAUGAAGAGGGAGACAGAAGAAGAAAAAGGUUGUGGAGUAUUCCAACUAAGAAAAUCUAUAAAAUCUGUAAAACCGAUUUUAAUUGUGAUUUUAGAAGGAAAACCAGCUACUAUAGGAAGACAAAAGAACACCAAAUGAGGUGUAGACUGUAUGAUUCUUGUAACUGAUGAGAAAAACCAGUCAUGUUUUGUCAUAUUGAGCAACUCACAUUAUUUUAGGCCUCGAUUUUCUACUAAAUACAGCAGAAGCUGCACUACAACCACUGCCAGAAAGAACCUUUGUGCAAAGACGGUAAAGAGAGUUAUCAGUUUUGUUGUGUAACAACAGCUUGGAUGAACUGUAACUCGGCACUGGGUGGUUUUGUGUAUGUACAUAUACUACAGAGAUCACAGAAGACUGACAGUGGUAACUGCAAAGGUCAAGAUACACAGCAGCGCAAUAAAACCAAAUAAUCUGACUCUCGGAAUAAAGUCUGCCCCUUUUCUGAGCUGGCUAAAGAGUAAGACAGGCAAGCAUGAUUGGCAUAGCACAGGGCAUGGGCUAUGGGCUCUCACAUCUUUUGAGUCAGGUAAUCAAAAACUGCAUGAAAUUGUGGGGAAAACCCUGCAUGUGAAAACUACACACAAAGACCUAACUGUUGUUGUGAAAUGCAGAUUGUGAGGUCCUUUCCUCAUCACCCUGAACACCUUCCAUCUGACUGGUUUCUUCACUGAAUGUGUUACAAUGAAGAACAUUUGUAGAUGCUGCUGAGAAUUUAAGCUUUUAUUAUAUAUGAUAUAUAUUAAAAGCGAUCACAUGAAUAGAGACUACUAUCCCAAUGUUCACAGUUCAGUGUUACACAGGCAGCAAGAAGAGUGUUUUCUGAAAAAACCUGCAGACAUUCAGUAAAUCCUCUGAAUUUAGCCCCAUGCUAACAUUGUUAUGCUGAGCAGAUCAGACCCCAAACAAUUUAUAAUGGACAAAGUAGAGACCUGUGUUUGUUCUGUUGGGUAAAUAAUGUCACCUCCAGUUGCCUAAAGACUCUCCCACAAGCUUGAAGAUGCAACUGAGAUAGAAAAUGUCAAGCAAUGCUGUUAGUUUAAUUAUUACUUUCACUAGACACUUGAGUUUUACUCCACAUGGUGCACAGAAUGAAUGGUUUAGCAAUUCUUAAUCGAGAUAAGCAAUAAAGAUUGUGUCAUGAUCUGAGGGCAGUAAGAGACAUUCAGCAAGCAGUAGUGGUCAGGACUGAGAAUUUGAUUAAACUACAGGAAACUUCUCCUUGGAGGGGUCAGUGCAUCAGUUGAGCUUUACUCAGCCACAUCAUCCCGUAAAUUGCUCUCAAGAUAAAGCAGUCUAUAAAUUCCCUGUGCAAAGCCUUGUCCCUGCAGAGCAGCCCUCCUGCAGGCGCAGCCAUGGCAUUCGACGGCACGUGGAAAAUUGACAGAAAUGAGAACUAUGAGAAGUUCAUGGAGGCAAUGGGUAUUGGCAUGAUGAAAAGAAAGCUGGGAGCCCAUGAUAAUCUGAAGAUCACCAUCCAGCAGAAUGGGGACAAAUUUAAUGUCAAAGAAGCCAGCAACUUCCGAAACAUAGAGAUUGAAUUUACUCUGGGAGUCAACUUUGAGUACAGCCUGGCUGAUGGGACUGAACUCUCUGGUGCUUGGACCCUGGAAGGAAAUAAACUCGUGGCCACAUUUACCAGAAAAGACAACGGAAAAGUACUUAAAGCAACUAGAGAAAUCGUGGGUGAUGAGCUUGUUCAGACCUAUGUAUAUGAAGGAGUUGAGUCCAAGAGAUUCUUCAAAAGGGGCUGAACACUUCACACACAACUGCACCGGAAUGAAGAAACAAUAAAAGACCAUUUUCUC